GAAGCGGAGCUGGGGCGGAGCGGGCCGAGCGGGCCGAGCCAGCAGCCGAGCUGGGGGCGCGGGCGGGCGGCAUGUACCGGGCCCGGGCGUCGCGGGCGGGGCCGGAGCCCGGCAGCCCGGGGCGCUUUGGGAUCCUCAGCACCGGGCAGCUCCGAGACCUGCUUCAGGAUGAACCCAAGCUGGACCGGAUUGUGCGGCUCAGCAGGAAGUUCCAGGGCCUGCAGCUGGAGCGCGAGGCAUGCCUGGCCUCCAACUAUGCACUAGCCAAGGAGAACCUAGCGUUGCGGCCCCGCCUGGAGAUGGGUCGGGCCGCCCUGGCCAUCAAGUACCAAGAGCUUCGAGAGGUGGCUGAGAGCUGUGCGGACAAGCUGCAGCGACUGGAGGAGAGCAUGCAUCGCUGGAGCCCCCACUGUGCACUGGGCUGGCUGCAGGCUGAGCUGGAAGAGGCUGAGCAGGAGGCUGAGGAGCAGAUGGAGCAGCUGCUGCUGGGGGAGCAGAGUCUGGAGGCUUUCUUGCCCGCUUUCCAGCGAGGCCGUGCCCUGGCCCACCUGAGGCGAACCCAGGCUGAGAAGCUGCAGGAGCUGCUGCGGCGCCGGGAGCGGUCUUCCCAGCCAGCCCCGACUGCUGCUGUGGAUCCCCCCAAACCCUUCCCUGCUGCAGCUGUCCUGCCCACCGGGGCCGCCCGGGGGCCACCAGCAGUGCCCCGGAGCCUGCCCCCCUUGGACUCCCGCCCAGUGCCCCCACUGAAGGGCUCCCCCGGGUGCCCCCUUGGCCCAGCCCCCCUGCUGAGCCCUCGGCCCUCGCAGCCAGAGCCCCCCCACCGGUAGGAUCCAGGGUAUGGCUCCCCAGUGGGGGGCCAAGACAAACUUGAUGCGUGGCUCCUCCUCCUCCCCCACUGCCUGGGUGGGGGGAGGGGCAGGCCCCUCCCCUUGGCCUCAGGCAGGCCCUGGCCCUGGAGGCUGAGCUGGGGAGGAGGGUCACCUGGAAGAUGCCCAGAGAGAGGGCGUGGGGUGGGGUGGGCAGGCAGGGUGUUAUGCCUCUGGCACUGAGGAAACUCUGCCUUUUUUUUUUUUUUUUUUUUUUGGUUCCUGGCUGGGGCCUCCCAGGUGAUGGGUAAGACCCAGUGAAAGAACUUGACUCAUGGCAACCUAGGAAGGUGCCCACUUCCCUCAAGGGGCCCUGCUUUAUGGGCCUGUUGCACCCUACCACUCCAUUGGGCAGGCACAAUGCCAAGGCUGACAGGAGUGUGUUCCAUCAUGUACUGAGCCUACCUUUCCCCCAGUCCUGGGGCCCACCGCCUAGGAGCCAGGUGGUCAGGUCCCAGCUGCAGGGUCACAGACACCAUGGCCACGGAGCCCCACUCAUGCUCCAGACCCUGGGACAAGGUAGGCCAGGGACUCCUGACCUGGACAGGUGAGAGUUGGCCAUCCCCAGGAAAGACCAUUCUGUAUUUUUCUGUCCUGUCUCCUUAGAAUGGAACAUUUUUGAGGGCAGGUCCUUGUCUUUGUAUGUUCUGUCCCCAGCCCCACCUCCCAGGGGCCGUCAAUAAAUGUGAUGAUGAGGAUGAUGCUGCUGCUCGACUUCUCUCUGCUCCCUCAACCAGCCAAUCUGCUGUUGCAACCUCUACAUCUCCGUUCCUGCACUUCCUACUCUUCAGAUCCCCUCCUUUUCUCUCUGCCCAUCCAAAACCCGGCUAUCCUUCAGGUCCAGCACUGCUCCUGCCUCUUCUAUGAAACCUUUCCUGAUUACCAACCCAUGGGAGACUUUCCUAAUUUCCCAGCACUUCUGGCCUGAAGCACACUUUACUUCUUCACUGUUCUCCAAUUGCCUCACCUGUACGCCUGGGUUGCCUGUAUG